AUGGAGGUAGAUGUGAUUAAUAAUGAAGUUUGUUAUUCCGAAUUCUACAAUAAGUAUCUUAUCAUGAAUAGACCAUGUUUGCUUUCAAAGACACAUACUGAAUCGUGGCUCAGUAGAAAACUUUGGGCUGAAAAUGAAUUACCCAGCUGGGAGAACCUCUUGGACAGUUAUGGUGAAUCGGAAGUUCCUGUAGCUAACUGUGGUGAGUCAUACUUUGAUUCUCAUCCAAAGUCAAACUGGACUCUUAAGGAUUUUGUCACAUACAUGAGGGAAUACAAAGAAAAAGGAUAUCCAUCAACAAUGCCAUGCUUAUACUUAAAAGACUGGCAUUUGUUCAAACAUUUUCCGGGCUCAACAUCUAUGUAUGAAACCCCGAUUUAUUUUGCCAUUGACUGGCUGAAUGAAUACUGGAUUCAAGGCAAUCAAGAUGAUUACAGAUUUGUUUACAUUGGCCCAAAAGGAAGUUGGACUCCUCUGCAUGCAGAUGUUUACGGUUCAUUUAGCUGGUCAGCAAAUGUUGUGGGGAAAAAAAGAUGGAUUUUUCUUCCACCUGGUGAGGAAGUGAUACUAAAGUCGUUAUUGGGAAUCACUUCUCUUCCUCGUGAUUUAGAACAAAUCGAUAUUUCAGCGAUCGGUGUCACAUACUAUGACAUCGUACAAAGUGCUGGAGAGGUUGUUUUCGUCCCGUCAGGUUGGCAUCAUCAAGUGUGGAACCUGGAGGAUACUAUCUCCAUCAAUCACAACUGGUUUAAUGGAGCCAAUGCAAGCCACAUUCAUAAAGGACUGCUGAAUGCUUCCAUUGAGAUAGAAGAAGAGGUAUCCGGCUAUGGGACAAAUCUCGAUGAGGAACAACUUGAAGUUUUUCUUAAUAGUCAUUACGGAAUGAAUUUCCGGCAAUUCCGACAACUUUUACAAAUGGUCGUUGCAAGGAGAAAUUCGGGAUUUCUUAAGAUUCACUCCUUGAAAAAUUGCCUUUUAUGUUCUGGUGAUGGAUGGUGUAACCAACAACGUCAUCAAAACAUGGACCGCCAAGUGGCACUUGAGCUUCUAAAGUCGUUGAGCAAAAAAUGAACUGGUGUGAUUAGUAUCUCGUAGAAAAUGAAUUUAUUACGAAAAGUAGGCAGUACAAAAAUUAAUGCCCAUGUUUAAGCAGAUGGAUUCUUCAAAAAUCCAAUUCUACGUAAAUAACGCACGAUAAACGGAACACAUCCUAGGGUGACGCUGAUUCGAAUGGGCACCAAUAGCUUGUGAACAGCAUAUGCUACGAGAAAAGUGGACGCUCCUGACGCCAAUCUUGUAUUUAACAUUUCACUAGACACGCCCAUCCUGGAAAUCAUGCCAGGUACGUCUAGUCCGCUAUAAGAAAAUAACAAAAAAGGCAUUAAAUUAAAACAAUCGAUCAAAUACACUGUAAUUAAAAUUCAUGCAAAUGACCUGGCUACCGCUGCAUAACAGAUGCUUAGUGAUGUAACUGAUAUCAAGACGUGGAACACUAUGACAGUUGCGCCAUAAUCUUUAACAGCUCGCUUCAGUUUAGUUUUAGUUGACUCAGGUGCCUUAGCAUCGCUAUAAUAUCUCACCGAGCUCUGGUUAGGUAUCCAUGCAUUGUGCAAACCAUGCUGCAAAUACCAACAGUUACCUCUAAUUUUCAUGAUUCCUUCUUGCACACUCUGAUUACCUAGUUUGGAGGAAAACAAUUUCGGUUUAUGAAUUACCAAAUUUUUGUUUUAUUUUAUUAUUUCAAAAAAUUCAAUUACUUCCAGGGUGGAGAGUCUCCUGCAAGUCACUGGAAGUAAACUUAAUUUGUUGAUUGAUGCAGUUUUCUGGCAGAUUUAUUCGAGGAGAAUUUUCUUUUUCGAUACUCGGAUAAAAUGGUUGGGGCACAUUAGUCUGUGUCACAGCAUUCAAGCUAAUGGAACCAAGGCAUUCGUAGUUCUCUAGUUGUUGUGCUCCUACGUUUUAGGUAGGCAGUGAUUUAAAACCACAAUGAAGGUGAAACAAGCCUGCAUUUAAGUAUAGUACCUUGACUUGAUUGAUCACUCAUAAAGGAACCCCCAAACAUGGAAGAUGUCUGACUUUGAACAACCCCAAAACUGAUAUCCUUAUGUCUGUUAGCUGAGAAUCCAACCCGAUCUUGGGCAUCCAACUCUUCCAUGUUAGAAGGUAAUCCCGAUUGAUGUUUUGCACCAAAGUGAAAUUGAAUUCCUACACAGAAAGAGUUUGAGUGAUGUAAUAGUGUGUGCUUCCUUGACAUCUUAGUUAUAAAACUCACCCUGAACUGGAUGAUUUUUACAUACUAGAAGGCGGCUGACACUCCUAACAAGUAACAUGUUUGUGUAGUGACAAAUCAACUAGAGAUUCUGCUCAUAAGUGUUUUGGGUACUGUGACAGUAACCUCAGUUUCCUUGCUUUAUAUACUGCGCACGUUUAUGGUCUAUUUAUAGUGUCUAAUAACAGCUGCCAAAGAAAUGUUUCGAAAAGACUGGUCAAGUUGGCCGUCGAUUUUGUUUUCGACGCAACUUAAAAACUCCCGUCUCCUGUUGCUAGCAAAGAAAAAACGCCGAGCUUCAGCUUUGAAGAAAGUUUAUGUAACACAUCGUAUGCAAAAAAAAAAAAAAAAUUUUACAGUUCUCUUUAUUUUACCCGGGAUGAAAACGAAAUCCAACACCAUGAUGAUAAGAUAAAAACAUUACAGACGAAAGUUCUUGUUGCCAAAUAUUGUAAUUAACCGAUGAAAUUUGUAAAUUUUAAUGGCUAUUGGCUAUUUGUAAACUUCUUUUCUCUGAAACUUAAAUUGCUUAACAAAACGUCUUGUGACAUUCGCUGUACACGUGAUUUUUCUGUUCUUAGAUAUUUAGAUUACUAUAACUGCAUGUAUGACGUAUGACAGACUGCCGAAGCAGGGUUAUUUUGGAACGUAGCCACUAGCCAAGUAGCCAGUAGCCACUCACUUGGCCCAGUGAAAUGUUUUGAUUUUGAAACCAAGUUCAAGUUCAAUUGAGAAAUUUUUCAAAUUUUUAUUGCAGUUCCUUUUCUGCUUCAUAUUUUGCUAUUAUUUUCUUAUUGAUCGCACAACCCUAUAUGGCAACCGGUUUUAUCUCAAUUUACUUGUUUUCCGUUCCGUUGUUUCCGUUUUAAUUUUUUUAAGGCAGCCGAAAUGACGAAAAUAAAAGCGACAACAGUGCCGUUCGCGGUGAAAAAUAAAGCUUACACUCGCCGCCAGUCGGCCAUUAAACAGAACUCAAAAUAAGGCCCUGCACCUAUCAAUUAAAUUCUUUUCGAUGCUGACUGUCGUGUUCACAGGUGGAUGAAUGUUGAUAACACAUGCAUGGCGGUGGCUUGUCCUGAUCAUUAGAUUGUUGUAGCCUGUGGUGGUUGGCUUAUGUUGGGUUGGUCCUAAAGUUGUGCAUGCAUUUGCAUGUGCAAUGUGACCAGUUAUUUAUUGUGAUGGUUGAGAAUUUUCCUUUCUACAUAUCCCAAUUAAUAGUUUUAAAGGCUGGCUUACUAUAUAACUUGGUUUUGACAAAGUCCAUUGGAGUGGUGUCUUGACCAUGUUGUUGCAUUCUGUGGUGGUGAGUGAAAUUUUCAAGGUGUUAUUUAAACUUUUGUUCAUAGGUUUAAUCCUGAAGUUAAUUCAAUUGUCAUGUGUUACACAACAAGUUAUUUAUUCUGGGAUAAAUUGAGAAAUCUCUUUUCUAUGUAUCAUGUUUGAUGCUUUAAAUAUCUUGACAGGCCUGAUUACUGUAGAAAACUUGGUUGAAACUUAGAUACAAACGAUGUACGGGUCUGGCUUGUCCUCCUAAUUAUUCGAUCGAUCCUGAUAUGCAUGGAAAUUUCUUUUCUGCAUAUUGUUAAAAUUAAUAACUUUUGAUAGGUGGGUAACAGGUUUGUAUUUGGGUAGAGCAAAUGCUGCUGAAUUCUCCUCCUGACCAUGUGGUGAGUUUGUUUAUAAGAUAAUAGUUUUCUAUCGAGUUUUAUUCGUGAGUGGAAUUCUCUAUUCGCUGGUAUUGGUGCUGUUCUGGCGAUUGAAGUAUCCACGAAGCAACCGAGGAAUUUUACCGUUAAACUUGGAAACAGUUUCGUUCAAAAAAUGUUAUGAAAGAUGUUAAAUUGUGGGAUAUCAAUGUUUGAAAAGGAUAAAAUUGUCUAUUUUAUUCAUCAUAUGCCCUAGCUGAAGAGGCUGAAAAUUGUCAAACUUCCGGUGACGAAAUCUAUCCCAAUUGAAGUUGAAAAUGCGCCAAAAAUUUUCCUUUUUUUUUUUUCUUAAACGUUUUUGUAUUUUUAUAAAUUUAACAGUGCAUCCAUGUUAUUUUAUGUGUCACUGUUUCACCUUAACUUGUGAUACGUUCGUGGAUUGCUAGGAUUACUGUGUUAAUUAGAGAAAACUUAAGAAUGAUUUCCGUUACAAUGGACAUAGAAUUUCUUUCAAUCUCAAUGUUUUCAUCAGUGCAAUGUGGGGUUUUUCUCGUACAUGAAUUUGUGUUAACAUGGCGAUUUGGAAAUUUGUUCAUAACAAUUGACCAUUUUCUUUCUACCCUUUCCUUGUUGCUACCAUUAGUAUGCUUGGUUGGUUAACUGAAAAAGUAUUUUCGUUUACACUUGUUCAUUAUAACGUGUUUAUUAAAUGUCUAUUGAAAUGAUAAUAAAGCAAAUUAUUUCAAAUUUAA